AUGAGACCUUCGCUGCGCCAUCAAUGGCUGACCCCUCUCCUCCAUGCGAGAAUCACUCUCCCCUCCGUCCCACACCAAUCCCAUCUCUCCACUUCAAGCCCGUUCCCUCACCUCUGUCAAGGCCUCUCUCGCUUCGCUCUCUCCGCAUCGCCCAGACGCGGCGUCGCCACCGUCCCCGUCCCCGUCCGAGCACCCGGCGGACCCCCCUGGAGUUCCACGGUCCGGAACAUCGAUGUCGAAGAGGACCCUCUUCGGGUUAUUUGCUUUUUCAGCGACGCCCAAAGGUUCAGGCGAAGUGGGUAUCUCAGGGACCCUUACGUGUAUGCUUCCCUGAUCAAAGCCUGUAACAAGCUGUCCGCCACCCUGUUGGGAAAGUCGGUUCAUUGCUGGGUUUUGAGGCGUGGCUUGGGUGACAAUGUGAAUGUGUCGAAUAGCUUGAUGCACUUGUACUUGAGCUCGAGGAGGUUCGCGGGUUACGCUCGUGCGCUGUUCGAUGGAAUUCCUGAGAGAACUGUCGUCACGGUGAACUGCAUGAUUUCCGGGCUUAUGAAGAAUGGGGAUUUCGCUGCUGGUUUGAGUUUGUUCAGACGAGUUCUGGGUUGUUCUUUUGGGGCGGUUUUGAGGCCAAAUCAUGUCACUUUGGUGACUGUGAUAGGCGGCUGUGUUGAAUUCGGGCAAUUUAAAGUGGGGAAGGUCUCUCAUGCAUAUUGUUGGAAGGUGGGAUUGGUUGUGAUGAUCGAGGUAUCUAAUGCUCUCAUGGAUUUGUAUGCAAAAUCAGGGUUUAUGGAUGAUGCGGACAUGAUAUUUAGUACUGUGACGUGCAAGGAUCUUGUUUCGUGGAAUACUAUGCUUGCAGGGUAUGCUAGGGAUCAUAACUUCACUAAAGCUCGGGCUUUGUUCAAAGAGAUGAGAGCCCAAAACAUGCUGUGUGACAAAGUGUCCUUGAUUAGCAUGCUCGUGGCCUGUGCUAAUAGUAGGAAUUGUUAUACAGGGAGGGCAAUACAUGCUUUUAUAAAAACGAGGGGAGUGGAGGUGUCAGGUGCUCUUGGGGCCGCACUAAUUAGCAUGUAUUCGAAAUCUGGAUUGAUAGACUGUGGUAAAAAUGUCUUUGAUGAAUUAUCGCAUCAUGAUCUCGCAUCUCUGAAUUCCAUGAUUCAUGCUUAUGUAGAAUGUGGACGAAGUCUCGAGGCAAUUAGUUUCAUCCAUGCUAUUCGUUCUAGUAAACUAAAACCAGAUGAAAUGACAAUGCUAGGUCUUGUCUCUGCUUGCCGAAAUUCUGGAGAGAUGUGUCACAGUAUUGACGUGGAAUCCUUUUUCAAUCAGAACGAUCAUCUCCACGGAAGUAUUGUACUGCAAAAUGCGUUGAUAGAUAUGUUUGCAAAGUGCGGCUGCAUGCCAAAAGCUAAAUCUGUUCUCCGGAAUAUGGUCAAAAGGGAUAUUGUCUCGUGGACAUCUAUUAUAUCGGGUCAUGCCAUCAAUGGUGAAGGAAAGGAAGCUCUUGCUGCGUUUCAGCAAAUGGUUGCUGAGAAUGUAGUGCCAAACUCUGUUACAUUCAUCACAGUUUUGUCAGCAUGUGCCCAUUCUGGCUUGGUUGACGAAGGUCGAAGGUUGUACGAAACUAUGCGUCACGAGUACCAUAUUGAACCCGAGAUCGAGCACUGUGGAUGUAUGGUCGACAUGUUUGCACGAGCAGGUCUGUUGGAGGAGGCAUACAAGUUUGUGACCAACAUGCCUGUAGAGUGUAAUGCUGUUAUUUGGAGAACUUUAAUAAAUGGGUGCAGAGCUUAUGGUGAUUUUGAUUUUGGGGUAGACUUGGUAAUUAGGCUUAUGGAUAGAAAGGCAAAGAAGGAUGCUGAGGAUCAUGUUGCUUUGUCUAAUAUUUUUGCUGAAGCAGGGAGAUGGAAUGAUGUUCUCAAGGAAAGAGGCUCAAUGGCUGCACGAAAAGCUCAUAAAACGCCAGGGAAAAGCUUGGUACCGAGUUCAACAUAG